AUUACUUUCAUUUGUCAUCAUUUACUCAUGCAGGUUCUUACUCUUGAAUGGUCCUCUGGAGUAGAGACUUUAAAGUGCAUCUCACGUGUGAACCUGAAUCUUAAUGGAUCCUUUGCAGAUAUGAUUCUGAUCCCAAAUGACAGUAUAUCAGACAGUUCCACUGCUGCUCUUUUUGUAUUAACGAACCCUGGCCAGUUGAGUGUCUAUGAUGGUAAUAUCUUAUCUGAGUUAAACUCUGAUGGGGACCCAUCUGUUUUUGCUGAAAAUUUUCCAGUAGUGGUGCCUACCAUUGAUCCAAAUAUGACUGUGAAUAAACUUUGUUUGCUACCCAAAGGCAGCAACUCUUUAAAAGUUUUAUUCAAGAAAUUUCGUAUGGGAAGGUUACCUUCUCAUACCUUAUCUAUGGGCACAAAGUGGCCUCUUACUGGUGGGGUUCCUCCUGAAGUGUCCUAUGAAGAUUAUGAGGUUGAAAAUUUUUUUAUAGCUGGUUAUCAAGAUGGAUCUGUGAGAAUAUGGGAUGCUACAUAUCCUGUACUGGUUCUGAUGUUUGUGUUAGAAGGAAAGCUGCCAGCUAUGGAAGUGGAGGUGACAAUUCCUGCAGUAACAGCUCUUGCCUUUUGUCCUUUGAGUAUGACCUUGGCUAUCGGCGAUGAAUGUGGUUUGGUUAGGAUCUAUAAACUUCAAGAAAACACCAAUGGAUCAAGCUUUCACUUUGUGACCCAGACAAACCAGGAAGUACAUAUGGUUCAUCACGGACAGGGAUUUCAUUGCCUCGCUGCCUUUUCUAUCUUAAACUCACCCAUUACAACCAUUCAGUUAUCCAAUUCCGGUAACAACUUUGUUGUAGGAUUUCAUACUGGACAGGUAAUGGUGCUUGACAUUGCAUCAUUAGCUGUACUGUUCUGUACAGAUUGUGCAUUGGGAACAAAGUCAACACUAAUUUCUGCAAGUAGCUAUGCUAUUUCCCAACAUGUUCUCCAAGAAAUCAGUUCAAAGCAACCUUGUUCUCUGGCAGACUCUAUAGAGGUGAUACUCACCAUCACCAAGGAUUCACAAAUUGCAAUUAUUGAUAGCAAAUCUGGGGUUAUUAUAGGCUCCAGAUUACUUCAACCAAAUAAGGAAGCCGUUGCAGUUUCCAUCCAUGUAAUAGAAGGCUCUGUUACACUACCUGAAUCAAUCACUGCUGAUCUUGAGAAGUGCUCCCAGAAUCUGCCAGAUGAAACUUCUCAAAGUGAAAACAAUGAGUUGACAGAGAAAAAAGAACAAGGUUAUCACUUGGAGGAUGCUCUGUACCAAUAUGAAGUGUUAAAAGAUCCACUACUUGUAAUUUGUUUUACAAAUGCCAUCUGUUUCUAUUCACUGAAGUCUGCGAUGGAGGGAAAUAACAACUUUACCCAUAAGGUGAACCUAUCGCAAAAAGUUUGUUGGUCAAUGACUUUAAAGGUAGAUGAUAUGGUAUCUGGAUUGGUGCUCCUAUAUGAAACUGGAACAAUUGAGAUAAGGUGUUUACCUGGUCUGGAAAUUAAAACAGAAACCUCUUUAAUGUCCAUACUCCGCUGGAGCUUCAAAACAAACAUGGGCAAAACCAUGAGUUUUUCUGACGAUGGGAACAUUGCUUUGGUUAAUGGCUGCGAAGUUGCUUGCAUAUCUUGUUGGCAUAAUAAAUCCAGGUUCUCAGAAUCCUUGCCUUGCCUUCAUGACAAAGUUCUCGCUGCUGCUGCAGAAGCUGCAAUUAAUCAAUUUGUAGAUUUGAAGAGAAAACAGACUACCUCCCCAGGGAUAAUAAGCGGCCUCAUAAGAGGACUUAAAGGAGGUAAAACAGAGAAUGACAUCAAGAGUGACAGAAUACUUAACUAUAGUUCCACUGCACAUUUGGAGGAAUUGUUCUCAAAAUUCUCAUUCUCAGACGAACCAACUACUUCAACUAAUGCUGAUGUUGGUGAAUUGAGAAUUGAUGAUAUUGAGAUUGAUGAUCCAUUACCUGUGCCAUCUCCUUCAAUAACUGUAAACAAAAAUAAUAGCAAAGAUGUGAAGGAAAGAGAGAAGUUGUUUCAAGGAUCCACCAAGGAUAUACAGCCAAGAAUGAGAAGCACUCAAGAAAUUAUGACCCAAUAUAAAUUUAAGGGGGAUGCUGCGGCAGCAGCAGCUCAUGCAAGAGAAAAACUUGCAGAGCGGCAGGAGAAACUUGAGAGAAUUAGCCUACGUACAGCAGAGCUUCAAAAUGAUGCUGAAAAUUUUUCAAAUUUGGCUCAUGAACUAGCCAAGACAAUGGAGAAUAAGAAAUGGUGGAAACUAUGAAAAGAGUCUUAAUCAUAUGGCAAUGCGUAGCUGAUGGGCUUUGAAAAAUUUUAUUGCCUUCGCAAGCCAAUCAAUUGAUAAUGAUUCAGCAACAAAAGAUAAACUGUCAAGGAACCAAAGAACUCCAAUUGAUUGUUUUCAUAAUGAUUCCAUCAAAAGAAAUGCGUGCUGCUUAUGGUAAAGCUAAGUUGAGCAUUUGUAUGUAUAAUAUUCAUGUUAUAUUUAUUUUUUGCUUGUGCAAUUGGCUCCACCAUUAUUUAGUGUUUGAUACCAUUGUGUAACACAUUGUGUACUCACCAAUAUUGAGGUAUUAUCCUCUUUAUUGGUAUUUCAUGUUGUCUCAUAAUUCUAUCUCAUAGUAAAAUUUAACAUCAAGGAGGAGCUUUUCUAAAA